GCUGGGAGCAGUGGGCUCAGCGCCGGCCGCAGUCUUGGUCUGAGAGCGGCCGAAGUAGCUGACUCGGUUAGAAUGAGGCUCUUGCUCCUUCUUCUGGUGGCGGCGUCGGCGGUGGUCGGAACGGAUGCCUCGGCCAACCUGGGCGGCGUGCCUAGCAAGAGAUUAAAGAUGCAGUACGCUACCGGGCCGCUGCUUAAAUUCCAGAUUUGUGUUUCCUGAGGUUAUAGGCGGGUGUUUGAGGAGUACAUGCGGGUUAUUAGCCAGCGGUACCCAGACAUCCGCAUUGAAGGAGAGAAUUACCUUCCUCAACCAAUAUAUAGACACAUAGCAUCUUUCCUGUCAGUCUUCAAACUAGUAUUAAUAGGCUUAAUAAUUGUUGGCAAGGAUCCUUUUGCUUUCUUUGGCAUGCAAGCUCCUAGCAUCUGGCAGUGGGGCCAAGAAAAUAAGGUCUAUGCAUGUAUGAUGGUUUUCUUCUUGAGCAACAUGAUUGAGAACCAGUGUAUGUCAACAGGUGCAUUUGAGAUAACUUUGAAUGAUGUACCUGUGUGGUCUAAGCUGGAAUCUGGUCACCUUCCAUCCAUGCAACAGCUUGUUCAAAUUCUUGACAAUGAAAUGAAGCUCAAUGUGCAUAUGGAUUCAAUCCCACAUCAUCGGUCAUAGCCCCACCUAUCAGCACUGAAAACUCUUUUACAUUAAGGGAUUUUUGCAAGAGCAGCGUGACUGACAUUAUGAAGGCCUGUACUGAAGACAGCAAGCUGUUAGUACAGACCAGAUGCUUUCUGAGCAGGCUCGUUGUACCUCUUGGAAAACCUCAGUGCAAGACAGUUUUUCAGUGCUGGCAUAUUUUGGAAUUCUGCACAUUCGUGGAGUGCAAUAAUACUGUAUAGCUUUUUUCUUCCCCAGAUCCACUCAGUUAUUAGAUUUUUUUUUUAAGUAGAUGUUACUACUUGUACUUUUUUUUUCUUUGUCAAAUUUGGAAAAGUAAAAAAUUGAGUUACAAUUUAAUUUAGUUUUGAAAGAUGUCUGUUAAAUCUGUUGUGAUUUUAUAUGAAUUUUCCUUUAUAAUUUAAAAUUGAUCUUUUGGGGAAUGUAGCUGGAGUUCCCAAGUACUUUAUAGGAGUUUAUCAGACAUCUCUAAUUUGGUCAUAUUCAAUUUAUAUUGUUUUCAGAAUACUAGAGAUUGUGAACAUUGCAUUAUACAAGAUUAUGGGGGAAAUCUAUAUCCAGAGUACUCUACCACUUUGUGUGUGUGUGCGCGUGUAUGUAUGUGUGUUUGUAUGAUUACCAGAGAACUACUAAAAGACCAACCGCUUUUUAAGCCUGUUGUGUAGUUCCAGUGUCUUGCCUUGACCAAUCUAAUGAGUUGAUUAUACUGGGCCUUUAUACUUAACUCAAUAAAAAACUAAGCAGAUGUAAGUUAAAUAAAAAGUUUGGAUUUAUUGCCCGGUGUACAUGUCAACAUA